GAGAAAGGGAAAAGGCGCGCAAAGCAAAACCCUCUCUCUUUCUCCCGCAAAAUCUAUAUAUAUGCCCCUGCGAUAUCAUCGCAGGACUAAACUCCGAUAAGAUCUGCGACUGCGAAGGCGAAGGCAAGGCGACGGCGACGGCGACGACAAUGGAAUCCCUUUUGAAUAAAAAGACUGGGGGUCGGCGUAAGAUACCGAUGGAGAAGAUCCCGGAAGAUAAAGUUAGGGGCAUGUGGUCGUCGCGUUCCAAACGGAAGGAGACUCUGUUCAAGAAGGCGGCGAAACUCAAAGAAUUGUGCGGCGUUGAUGUUGCAGUCCUCGUUCAAUACCCCAGAGGCAAGUUUUACUCUUCCAAAAACGAGUCCGAGAUUAAUUCCCUUAUCAAUCAGUACCUCUCUGGAGACAGAGUCUCUUAUUCCGGUGACGGAGCCGGCGGGGCCUCCAACGUCAGCGGCUGGGUUGAGGAGGAAUUUUAUGGUUCGAUUUCGAUUGAUGAUCAGAGACCAAUUGCCAGCGAAAUUCAAGGGUAUAUUUCUUGUGUUGGGGAAACUUCUUGUCCCGUUGUUGGUGGUAGCGCCGCCAGCUACGGCCGUGAUCAACCACCGCAAGUUGUUGAUGAUUUUGUGGAUGUGGGUCAGAUGGCCGAUUGCGAUAUGGGUGAAGGGUUUUCUUCCAAAUUCGGAACUAAUUCCUCCUGUGGUAUCGGUGGGGCCUCCAACGGUGAGAGCAUGGGUGAGAGCAUGGGAGAAGAGAUUAAGGAUUUGACAGCCGUGGAUCGCAACGGACCAAGUAGCUAUUCCGAUCAUCAAAUUCAAGGGUGUGUUCCGGUUAAGCACGAAGAAUUUUUUGAGGAUCAAGAAUUGAUGGACGAAUUGUCAAGCUUGCUGGCUGAUGAUGCUUCAUGUUCAUUGUUUACUACAUUAAAUUUUUGA